CUGCUGUCCAUUCACAGGGCAUAUCAGACGUUGGUAGCGCUACCUGCGGAGCGUUUCUGCUGCAUACAUAGGUAUCCGAAAUUGGGCGUGAUUCUCCUGAUUGCAGAGGUUUUUAGAUCAAUUUUGCCCACAGCACUGGGCAAUUGGCCCGUUGGCUCUCACUGUUCAAGGGCAGAGGUGGUGGCUGAGACGAUCUGCUCGUGUAGAGGAGACAAAUUGAAGGGACUUUGGGCGCCAACUCUGUCUUCAACAUAUGGCGACCAUGUACAAGGCCUUUGAGUUUCCUGGCCCUCACAAAAAGCUUGAGGCGACGGAGCGGAAGCUGGAAGAACCUGGACCAGGACAAGUUAGGAUCAAGGUCAAGGCCUGCGGCGCCUGCCAUGGCGAAAUCGUGGGUUUCCUCGGCAUGGCUUCCGCCUACCCCCGCAUCCCUGGCCAUGAAAUCGCAGGCAUUGUCGACGCAGUUGGGGAGGGCGUGACGCGCUUCAAGCCCGGCGACAGGGCGGGGGUGGGCUGGUUUGGGAAGCAGUGCUUUGAAUGCAAGCCCUGCCGGGGGGGUGACUUCAUUUUGUGCAACAAGCACGAGACGAUUGGGCUGCAGUAUGACGGGGGGUAUGCUGAGUAUGCGACGGUGCCUCAGGAAUCGAUGGCGAAGAUCCCGGACGGGAUGGACUUCAAACAGGCGGGGCCGCUCAUGUGCGCAGGCUUGACAGUCUACAACUCACUGCGGCACACCAAAGCCGUGGCCGGAGACGUUGUGGUUGUACAAGGCACCGGGGGCUUGGGCCAUCUGGGUAUCCAGUUCGCAAACAAAAUGGGCUUCCACACAGUAGCCGUCUCGCGAGGGCAGGAGAAGAAGGAGGGGGCGCUCAAACUUGGCGCCCACAAGUACGUUGAUGUCACCACCGAGGACCCGGUCAAGGAGAUCCAGGCCCUGGGCGGUGCCAAGGUCAUUCUGAGCACGGUGACUGACAUGGCGGCUAUGUCGUCUAUCGUUCCGUGCCUCGGCAAGAACGGGUGCCUGCUGGUCCUCGGCGUCGGGCAGGGGAAACUCGAGGUGGAUCCCAUGGUCCUGAUCUCGAACAAAGCUACCAUCCAAGGGUGGGCGUCCGGCACACCGUCUGACAGCGAAGACACGAUGAACUUUGCUCAGCUGGCUGGGAUCACGUCCGUAAACGAGGUCUUCCCCGCUUCCAAGGCCUUGGAGGCGUACGAGCGUAUGAUGAGCGGCCGGGCACACUUCCGGGUUGUGCUGGACUGGGAAGCCGAGGAGAAAUAGGUGCUUGAGAGGAAUACAGGGCAUGUUUAUGCGGACAAGCAUCUACAGUGGCCCAGGAUUUUGCACGCAGAGACAAGAUUGCGCGUUUCACUGAGCGUUAGUUGUAUUAUUCAGCCCUCUUCAGGUUGAUCAAGUGGCAAGUCAUUUAAUGUGAGGCCCUCUUGGUUGGUUCUCAAUUGUUGCAGGUUGUGUAGAUUCAAAGGAAAUCGAGUACAGUACACGCAGAACUGGUUGGUUAUCUGACGCAUGGCAUUUGAAUACAAAGAUGCUUUCGUUUGACUUGGCUGGAAGUGACCUGCCGUUGCGUUUAAGUUGAGGCUUCCUAAUUUGAAGGCUGUAUGUUCAUGCACAGUGUCUUGGUCUUGGCAUACAACCUUUUUAGCUCAAACCUAAGAACUUGCAGCUAGAUUGCCAUCUUUUCUCCUAAGUUGCAUGUAAACAGAUUCAUGAAGUAUUUGAUUAAAC